CUGAAAUGAACAUGUACACAAUAUAUCGACCCGGCGAAACAGCCGUCUGCUAAAAUCCUGCUGAAUACGCCACGAGAGUUUUACCGCAUUUAUGCACAUCCUUCCACGGGGGUAAACUUUUAUUUUUGGGGUCGACGCCAUGAUGAAAAAUGCCCGGAUGCCGGUUCAGGAGCUGAAUCCGUAUCUGACAUGCGUGCUGUGUGGCGGGUAUUUGAUUGACGCAACCACCAUAAUAGAAUGCCUUCAUUCGUUUUGUCGGACGUGCAUCGUGCAUUAUCUUCAUACCAGUAACUACUGCCCUGUGUGUGAAUGUCUCGUCCACAAGAAACACCCUCAUCAAAACCUCAGAUCAGACAAGACGUUACAGGAUGUUGUGUACAAAUUAGUUCCAGGACUCUUUAUGGAGGAAAUGAGGAGACGAAGGCAGUAUUACAAUGUACAGACAGAUGACUCGCAGAGUAAAUCCGGGCGGAUCAUUUUUUCACCUGACGAAAAGAUCAGUCUGUGUGUCAGACUAUGCACCAGGAAAAUAUGUUCGAGUAAAAAAGAAGACAGUGAGGUCCAGGAUAAGCGAUACCUCCUGUGUCCCGCCCAGAUGAGCGUCUCGCACCUGAAGAAAUUUUUGCGGCUCAAGUACUCCUUGUCCGACAGAUUAGAGGUUGUGAUGUUCCACCUGGAUGAGGUACUGAAGGACGAGUACAGUCUGAUGGACGUCAGCUACAUCACGGGCUGGAAGAGGGAAAAGGCUAUGGUGCUAAAUUAUGCAUUCUACGAAAAUCCAAAUAAAAAGUUCAAGACGAACACAUUCAGUGGUGCUGUGUCGCCUAGCAACGAUGACUCGGGAAUCGAGGACGAGAAUUCAAAUCAAGAUGGCGGCAAUAACCCGGAUCAAAACCACGUGACGUCACAGAGUUCACCGGCGGCAUCGAAAGAAACCGACAAUCAACAAAACCAAACAGAUGGCGCGAAUAAGCCGUCGGACCCACACCCCGAGGAAAUUUCGGAACAGGUGCUCGAAACAGCUGCUGCUGCUGAUAUUGUUGAUGAUGAUGCAAAUACCGAUGCAGUAAACAAUGCAAGCAGGUCGGAUGCAAAUCAAGAUGUAGGCGAAGGGGAAGAAAUGGCUUCUGAUGAAUGUGAUAAUGAUGAUGGUGGAAUUCAAGAUGGGGAUGAUAGGGCAAUAAACAAUGAAGAUGGGGAUGAUAGGGCAAUAAACAAUGAAGAUGGGGGUGAUAGGGCAAUAAACAAUGACGAUGAUAAAAUCAGUGAGAAAGGAGGUAGUGGGGAAAGUGAGGAAAUGAAAGACUCGCGUAGACCAGGUGAUGAAGACCAAUGCAAAGAGGGGGAUGGGACUGGGGAGGCAUCGGAAGCGAUGGAGACGGAUACGUCAUUGCAGGAGACCCCGAAUGUUCAUGUUCAUGAAAAUGACAAUCAAAAUCUUGACGGCAAGGAGGAUCCAAAUGAUCACGUGGCUUGUAAUGGUGAGAGAAAUAAUGAAACCGCUGAUGAGAGGAAAAGUGAGAGUCCCGAAAACAGUAAGGCUGCUGAGAGUUGUAGCAAUAAUAUAAAUGAAGGCAGUGUGCAAAGUCCAAACAACAAUGGUGCAAUUACUUUCGAGGAUGAGGAAGGCGCGCUACAAAUUGUUAUUGAUGAUUCCAAAUCGGAGAAAAGCUCGGACGAUUCUGGUGUCCAAUUGUCCGAGAAUAGUAGCUCGAAAGAAAGCGACAGUCUGUGUUCUACCGAAACUAGGUCCCCGUCAGUUACAAUCAAAAUCCCCAAUCCGGAAAUCUUCAGUCGGAAGUCGCCGAUUCCGUUCAAGAAUGGUGUCAGAAACCAUCAUUCAAAGUCCCCCAAAACGUCCACACCUCUCCACUCCCUUCAUAGUCCCAGCAGAAAGUAUCCAAGAUUUUCCGAGUCCCUGAGUUUUAAUGAUUCCGGAUACUCACCUUACAGGUCCUUUACCGAUCCGAUUCCGCGUUCAACUUCCUGUCCGCAGACGGAUUUCGACGCGGACGAAAUUUGGACGGACGGAGUAAUGGACUUGUCCAAACCAAAAGCUAAACAUGUAGAAUCGAGUCAAUUCCAGGAAGCGAAGACCUCUUCGGAGACGGAGGCAGACGACGGCGAAGAGGUGGAGAAGUAUACCUACGUUGCAGACGACUUGGAGGAAGGCGAUGGUAACAUGGCGGUAGAUUCUGACUAUGCAAACGAGAACAAAACUCCGGAGAGGUAUUCUUUGAUAUCCCCUGACCAGAAUGAAGUUACGUCAACUCGAGGAGAUCACGUGCCGUAUCACGCUCCAAUGGUGAUCGACAGAACCCCGCAAAUUUACGCGCCAAAAUUCACGGCGGAAUCCAAUCUCGUUUGGAAAAUCGACAAGUCGUCUGCCGAUCUAUCGAAGAAAUCAUCCAGCGGAAAACAUCAUAAAAGGCGGAGGUCUUCCGAGGGUUCCAAACAUAAAGUGGCUCUAUCCAAAGCGCAUUCGAAGUGUACCGAUGUUUGUAAUGGACAUUCGGUGGUAAAUCAUUCGCAUAUCUCGACGACUAAAAAUAAACAUUGCGAAAAGUUGAUUCUAAAUCAGCCUCGUUGUGAAAAACUUAUCAUCAGUCAGUCUCGUUGUGAGAAGGCGCCAAAUAGUAAGCCUCGUUGUGAAAAAUUGGUUGUCAAGCUCAGCAAGGAAAGAAACUCUGAACAUUACACUGCGACCAUGUCCUAACAGACUCGUACUGCGCAUGCGGGGUACUCAUUAUUUGUUACAUGUACCUGUACGGUAUUUUACCUUCACAUAUUCCACUGCCAUAAAGUGCUUCAUGCACACGCAUACUUUGUGUUGUUAAUCCAUUCGAAAAAUCCAAUAUAUACUCAGCAAAGACAUUUUACACAAAUCCAACAAAGCUAUGAUAUGGAUGUUAUACAGUGUGAAAGGAGCUUUUUUAUGUGUUGUUGUUUUUUUUUUAUUUGUAAAACUUAUUCCACAAUGUCGUUUGUAUGUAUACAUAGUGUAGUUAGGUAGAUUCCUAGAUACAGAAUUUUAUAUUUGUUUGUUUGUUUUUUUUUAUUUAUGCUUUGUCAUUACUGAUGAAUGAUUUGUAACAAUGGUGAUGGCAAAGAUUUGAAGACAGACUGGAAAAACCAUUUGUAAACACAACUGACAAUAAUGAUGAAUGUUGUUUUUUUAACAUUUACGAUAUCAUUUGUUACGGUGCUGUACAAAGUUUAACCAUUUAUUAUACAUAAAAACCCCUCGACAUUGUACCGACUUGUUAGAGUUGCAUCCAUUUGUCUACUUUGGUGGAACAGUCAUGCUUUAUUAACUGUAUUUGUAUGUCAGACAAGAACCAUAUACGAAUUAUUUGUACCAGUGAGUCACGCUGACUUUUAUAUUUGUGGAGAAUUCUAACAUACGCAUUCGGUUAUUGUUAUUUUUUGUAGAAAAAAAAAUUGUGAAGAUUUAUUAGUUGUAACCCCAAAUGGCCCAAAACAAAAAUUAAAAACCAUGAAAAAAAUUGUACAAAGUGUAGAGAUAUUAUCAUAAGGUUUAUAUUAAUUUUCAAUUUCAUUUUUCCUUUAGCCCACCUCUCUCUUUCUCUCUCUCUCUCUGUGAUGUUAAGGACUCAAAUUAUUAAAUUACAUGCAAUAAAUUAUGCAUAAAUAUAUUAUGCAUAACCUAAAUUACAUGAAAUUCAUUAUCUCUCUCUCUCCUCUCUCUUUCUCUGAUGUUAAGGAUUUAAAUUAUAAAGUAUGCAAUUCUCUCUCUCUCUCUCUCUCUCUCUCUCUGAGUGACAUAAUUCAUGACUGCUCCGUAUAUAAACAUGUAUUCUAAGUUCGUUGUUUGUUGUGCACUUGUUACAUUGCUUGUAUCAGACUGUCAUAAAAGGAUAUGACAAUUGAGUUCCAAUUCUAUUAGAGUUUCCUUUUUUUCAAUUUUCCGUUAUUUAGUGUACAAAAUAAAAGAAUAUAUAUUAUUAAUUUUUUCCCCCAAAAUAGAUUACUUUGUUAUUAUAACUACAGUUUUCUUUUAAAAUAAAACCAAUAAUUUGUUAA